GGUAGCUAAUGAAAGACAGUUUACCUUGAACAUAAAUCAACGUGUGUUAACUUCACCCAGUCUUUCAGCGUGUGUUGUAGCUUGUCUUCCAGCAUGGCUUCAUCUGCGAAAAGAAGAGCGAUUGGAAGCGGAGAAAAUCCUGCAGUUAGCGACGACAGCUCGGAUGAAGGAUUAGAGGUUUCCGGAGAGGAGAGUGAAAAUUCAGAAGAAGAAAUAAACGAGGAAGUUGUGGUGGAUUUUGAAGCCCACACGAUAUCUGACCACGAUUUUAAUGGCAUUAAGAAACUACUGCAGCAGCUUUUCCUGAAGGCGCACGUGAACAUCUCGGAGCUCACUGACGUCAUCAUCCAGCAAAACCACAUAGGCAGCGUCAUCAGGCAAGCUGAGGUGCCUGAUGACAGUGACAACGAGGAUCCAGAUGAAGUCUUUGGGUUUAUCAGUAUUAUAAAUCUAACUGACAGAAAGGGUAUGGAGUGUGUGGAGCAGAUUAAGGAGCUGGUUUUGGGGCAGUGUGAGAAGGUGUGCUCAGCUGCUGUGCAGGAGCAGUUUCAGCAGGUUAUAGAGGACAUGUCUAAGAAUGUUGGACUGCUGCUCAGUGAGCGAUUUAUCAACGUCCCCCCACAGAUUGCCCUACCCCUCUACACACAACUGCUUGAGGAGAUGUCUGAAGCACAGAGGACCAAUAAACCCAGUGGGAAAUGUCACUACUGUUUGUUGAUCAGCAAAACAUGCCAGGAGGCCAAGAAGAGCAUCCCGGCACGAGGACCUGCCAAAGACAUGCCCAUGUUCGUCAAUGCAGAGGAGGAGUUCUUUUACGAGCAAGCCGUGGUGAAGUUUCACUACUCGGUCCAGGAGGAAGCUGAUUCGUGUCACUCAGGACGAUGGUCAUUCGACGACGUACCUAUGAAACCCUUCCGGACAGUGUGUCUGAUUCCCAUGGAGAGAAUGCCUGUAAUUAUGGACAAGCUAAGGGACUAUCUCACAAUCUGAACACAACAAGCCACACUUCCUCUUCAGCCUUACGUGUCCAAGUCUGUCAUCCCCUUAUAACACACCCUUGUUAAAGACAGUGAGGGACUAGUGUGUGGACACAGCCAGGCUCGGCACCUACAAGCGAGCUCGGUGCUGAGAAAAUCCAUCAGGACCUCACAGUCUGCUGAAUGUCUUCAAUUAAACACAUUUUACCAAGA